UUUAUUAACUCACGUUAAUAUCAAGAUAAAUAAUUAUCUUUCUCCGGUUAGAAGAAGUGUGUGUGUUGUGUUGUUAGUUGUUUCAAAUCGUGACCAAUUUUACAUAGUGUAUUAUUACCAACAACGAAACGAGGAAAAAGGCAGAAAGGAAUAAAAAAGAAAUAACAGAAAAUACGUUAUAGUGUGAUCUGUAGCAUGAUUUAUUGGAUAUUCCAGUGAAGGAAACGAUAUCGUUUACGAUUCGUGGAAACGACGCCAACGACGAUCGAAUUCCUGCACACACGUGUUUUCAAAGUGGCAAAUGUGUUUUUCUACUAAUAUUAUUUCCCCAUUCAUACUUUUUCUCUGUUCAUCCUUCUUGUGAAGCAUCAUUUUUAUCUCUCUCUUUUUUUCCUUUACUUUCCAUAAUCCCUCUCUCUAUCUCUCUCUCUCUCUCUUUCUCUACUCGGGUCAGUGUUUAUCCUUCUCUUUUUCUCGCAUCGUUAUUGGUCGAGAUAGUGGAUUUGUGUUGUUAUACGAAAAGAGGGGGAAAGGGAAAUAAAAAGAAAAUAAUACAAGUUUUCCAAACUAACUUCUGGGAGGAAAAGAAGGAAGAGAUAAAAGGAAAAACGACACCACAAUCACCACCACCACCACCAACAACAACAACAAUAAUAAUUUUGAAUCUUCUACUCCAAAAGAAAAAAGAAAACUAAAGAAAAAAAAUGAGUUGCUGUAUUAGUGCACCGAUCGUAACGAAAACUUGCGAGACCCUGCUGAGCAAAUGCGAAGUUCCGAUUAUUGACCUCGGUCAUAUGGGAACGGAAAGAUGUCCUCAGAAAGGUGUAGUAAAACAAGUUGCUACGAAAUUAGUAAGAGCAUUAUCAGAAAAAGGAUUGGCUUUACUCGUCAAUCAUGGCAUUCCAGAAUUUAAGUUGAAAGCAGCGUACAGAGCAUUAGAUGAGUUUUCCGAAUUGCCAGAGGAAACAAAAAGCAAAUACCUACGUGAUUCUUCGAGCAAAUCCAAUCAUGGAUAUGUCAAGCCUGGAAUGGAGAAAUUCGCAAAAGAAGAAGAAAUUCGUCAUGCUUUCAACAUUACCGGUUGCGAGGGAGCAUUACCGCAAGAUGAAGUACCCGGAUUUAAACCUGCAGUGGAAGAAUUAGAAAGAGAUUUCAAACAACUUUCAGUCAUGCUCUUAACCGCAUUAUCAGUUGGUUUGGAACAAUCUCCUGACUUCUUGUUAUUGAAACAUGAUCAAAUGUUGGGAACUGGUAAUGAAACUACACUUCGUCUUCUUUAUUAUCCACCAAUUGGUGCUCCGUCAACAGACGUGACGCGUUGCGGCCCUCAUUUCGAUUAUGGCACUUUCACUCUGCUUGCACAGGAUUGCGAAGGUGGUUUGGAAAUACAAACAUCGUGCAGUGAUCAAUGGAGACGCGUUGGUCAUUUACCUGGUGCCAUUUUGAUAAACACAGGAAGCAUAUUGGCCAAUUGGACAAAUAAUCAAUUUCCAGCAUUAAGACAUCGCGUUGUCGUUCCAGAACAUUGCAGUCGUGGUCGUCAUUCCAUUGCAUUCUUCGUACACCCGAACAAUGAUAUACCAGUUGAACCAUUGGACAUUAAAAUCGUUAAAACAAAUCAAGAACCGGCACCAUGUCGUCUACAGAAAAAGAAACGUGGCGUCUUAACUGCAUAUCAUCAUCUUCAACGUCGAUUUCGAGAAACUUAUGCAUCGUAAUUGGUUUUUUUUUUUUUUUUUUUUUUUUUUCUUAAACAAUAUAUGUAAUCAUUAUAAUUAUUAUUAUUAUUAUUAUUAUUAUUAUUGAGUUCCUUCGUCGUUCAAAAAUCUUUAACUCAUUUCAUUAGUUGUUUUAUUCUUCUUUUUUUUUUUUUUGAACGUUUUUUUUCUGUAUUUCUUUAAUUAUCGAUAUCACGUGAUUAAUUUUUUUCUUUUAAUCCUUUUUUUGUAAUUUUUUUUCUUUUGUAUGUUCUCCCAUCUCGUCAUUAGAUCCAAGCAUUUGAUGUUGAUGAAGAAGGAAGUUAAAUAAUUCAUAAAUUGCAAACUACAUCACUAAGUGAUCGAAUAAAUAAGAAAUUAAAUUGACAUACGUGUUACACUGAAUAUGUGAUGAAGAAAAAUGAAUAAGAAGUAUUAUCAUUAACAACAUAUCAGGAAACAUCGAUUUAAGACGUCGUCUACGUUUCAAGGACAAUAAUAAAUAAACAAUUUCUCUGUACUUACA